GUAACGUUCUUUCGCGAACGACUCGUAUCUGAGGUGUUUCUCUCGUUAUGACAUAAAUGAGUCGAUAGACAAUGUUUAUGAUAAAUGAAUUAAAGGCAUGAUUUGAUAGUUUUAAAUUUGAAAUUAUGAGCGCUGACGUAGAAGCUUAUAUUAGACAGAAAUGUCCAUAUUCUAAACUGCCUCCAUCUAUAAAGCAGAUACUUGGUGAUUCACCUAGGGAAUAUGAAAAAUUGGUAAUAAAUUUCAGCAUUAAAAAUCAACUCCGAUUUCGAGGAAAUUUGGUACGGAGCAUGAAAAAGGAUGAACGAGGCUAUUAUGAAGAAUUACUUCGAUACAGUAGAGAACAUUUAAUGCUUUAUCCAUAUCAUUUGUCAGAUUUCAUUGUUACAGGAAUGCGUAUUACUCCUUUCCAAUAUUAUAUAUCUAUUAUGCAGGAUCUCAUGGAACAAGAAAAAAGCUAUGAUUCCCUUCCUAAUUUCACAGCUGCUGAUUGUUUAAGGUUAUUAGGAAUUGGCAGAAAUCAAUACAUUGAGCUUAUGAACCAAUGCCGCUCUUCUAAAAAAUUUUUUGGUGUCCGUCGGAAACCAAUUCGUGAAUUACUUCCUCCAAAACCUGUUUCUGGGUUAGUAAUCGAACCAUGGUGGAUCGUUUAUGUUGGUUAUGUCACUGAAGACGACAUUAAGAUAAUUCCAGACAAUGAAAAAUUAAUUAUUGAUAAAAUCAUUGACUUUGGAGCUCAAAAGGCUGGUGAACUAGAUGCAAAGGAUGUGAAAGGGCUUUAUAGAAGAGGUUUAGUUUAUCUUGAUGUGCCCAUAGAAGAUGAUGAUUGCAUUUGUGUUCCACCUCUUGAAGGUUUUGUUAUGAAUCGAGUUCUGGGCGAUUAUUUAGAGACUCUCUUAUAUAAGAUAUUCGUUUCAAUUGAUGAACAUACUACAGUUGCAGAGCUUGCAAAUAUUCUUCAGGUUGAUCUUGAACUCGUUAAGAAUGCCGUCUCUAUGUAUUGUCGUUUAGGAUUCGCUCGGAAAAAAGGUCAAGAUGACUUCCCUAACUUGCACCUUUCAUGGCAAAGGCAAUCUUCAUCAAAGUUACCGAAUGCAUCUAAAGAAGAAAGUUGUGAAAAUUUGAUUAAAUUGUUGGAGCAGGAUCCUGGCAAUACUAUUGAUGAAUCGUAUUCUGAAAUCUUGGAACAAGUGCCUCCUGUACUUUCAAGUGUGCCUUUAAAAAGAAUAGGUUUUCUAUUUGACUCAACUUUAACAGCUUUUCUCAUGAUGGGAAAUUUGUCUCCAGGAUUGAAAAGCCAUGCUGUAACAAUGUUUGAAGUUGGAAAAUUAUCUGAUGAAUCCCUUGAAAGUUUUUUAAUUGAACUAGAAAAGAUUGCUGAUGUUGGUGAAGGUGAAGCUCAGAGAUAUUUUGACCACGCUUUAAGCCUUAGAGAUACUAUUGUGUUUCUUCGCCGAAAUCCAGAACUGAUGGCAUGCACUGAUGAAAACAGGAAUGGUUCUGCAGGUUUGGGUUUAGAUUUGCUUCGUUGUGAAAGUUUACAGAACUUAGAUCAAGAAACUUGCUCUCGACUUUUGAAUAAAAACUAUAGUUUACUUAUAUCAAUGGCUCCUCUCACAAAUGAGAUCAGACCAGUUAGCAGUUGCACUCCACCUCAUCUAGGACCACCGAUACCAGAAGUCAGUUCGGUUUGGUUUAAGCUUUUUAUAUACUCUUUAACGAAAUGCGGCCCACCAUCUUUACUCUUAACUAAAGGAACAAGACUUCGUAUUCUGCCAAAGAUUUUUAGAAAUCACGAGAAGCUUCUUGUAACAACAUGGGCGCAUGAUCCUAGUACUGUCGUCAUGUCCAAUGCCUUACCUAUUCUAAAUGAUGCCCUGUGUCAUUCAGCUGUUCUUGUUCAGGGCCAGGGUAAUGCUGCCGAAUUUUGCUAUGUUCCAUUUCCUCUUCAAAAAGCUGGUGAAAAGAGAAAAGUUUAUGUAUCCAAAGAUUAUACAUGGGAAGAUCAUUUUGCUGUCAAAAUCCUGGCGGAAGAGCUAGAUUUAAAGCAUAAUUGUGGCUACAUUACAAUGAUAAAUAUCUCUACCUGUAGGCAAGAUUCAAAAAGAGUUGGAAUUGUUAAAAUUUCUAAUGAAAACUGUGUGUACUUAAGUAAAGCAGUGAUACCACCUGAAAAUACUAUUAAAGAUCAUCAGUCAAAUGAAAAUACACAAUUUUCACUCAUUUGUCCUGAUGGCAAUUUAAAGUACAAAAGUUCUUUACCAUAUGAAGAAAACAGUUGGAUGCCAUUAGACUGCUCUUUUGGAAUUCCAUUAUUUAAUGGCAUUCUUAAUAAAAAGGUGUGUCAGAGGUUAUUGGAACAACAGUUUUGCAGCAAAGCUAACCUUCAGAAACUUAUUGCAUCAAAUAGGAAAUUAUGCCUUCGUUUAUUGGAUUUCAUAUCGGAAUAUCAGCCUGUGAUUAAUUCUGAUAUAGGAAAAACUACAUCUUUUCCUCCCAAUCGUCCGGGUUGUGAUCUGGAGCUCCCUUUACCCACUGAAAAUUUAAUAUUUCGUGAUGGUAAACUGUCAAUAUGGAACCAAAAAUGAACUCACAUGGCAUAAAUGGAUCAAAGAAAUAAUCAUUAAACAUAGCCAUGUACAUCUAUGUAAACAAAUUUUCUGUUAAAAUCUGAAAGAAAACCUGAAUUAUAUUUAUUUUUGUACUUAUAUUCGUUUAUUAAUUUCAUGCGACUUGAACUUAAUCAUGUGAUAUAAACCAUUUUUUAAUCUAAAAUUAUUAUUCAUAAGUGCAGGUAGCUUGUAUUCAUUAUAUAUGAGGAUACAAAAUAUAGACCAAAAUAAAAUACUAAAAAAAUUGGUUUGUUUAGGAAUUCAUUUGUAUAUUGUAAUUACAUGGUCUUUCAUAGUUCAAAAAUUAUUUUUCUGAUCCAUCUGUGUCCUCACUUGUUAUUUGUCUGCAUUUUUAUCAUUUUUGAUACUUACGAAGUAUAUACAAAGUAGAUAAAGAAA